CAAAGGUUGAGUUGCCCUUCUCAUGCCGUAACGGACAGACAGUUUCGUUUUCUUUCUGUCGACAGAGGCGCAAUCCAGACGGCAAGGAUAUAGCACCAGAUUGAUGGAGAAGAAUGGCCCGAAUCUCGUUGGACUGUCCCAGCUCUUUACCAGGGAUCCCCCUCAGUGUGCUGUCAGUGCCCAUGGAGAAUAAAUACAAAUGUCAGCAGUGUCUCCAGGUCCUGAGGAGGCCUGUCCAGGCUCAGUGCGGCCACCGCUUCUGUGUGCACUGCUUCAAGCAACUCACCAGCUCUGGCCCAAAGCCUUGUGAAGCCUGCCGCCAAGAGGAAAUAUAUGAGGAGCCUAUUUCCAUUCUGAAUAGUAAUGAGGCAUUUCCAGACAAUGCAGCAGGUCGAGAAAUUGCAAGUCUGCCAGCCAGGUGUUUGAACCAGGGCUGCGAUUGGACAGGCUCAAUAAAAGAGUAUGAGGCUCAGCAUGAAGGUCGCUGUGAGUUUGAGCGGAUACAGUGCGACGCCUGCCAAACCUUGAUCCUUCGUACAGAGAAGGAUCGACAUAAUGAGAGAGAAUGUGAGGCAAGAACGCUCAACUGCAAAUACUGCAAAAUGACCUUCAACUUUAAAGACAUCAAGGCCCACGAUGAAAUCUGCCUGAAGUUUCCCUUACAAUGCAAGGACUGUGGCAAGAAGAAGAUCCCAAGAGAAAAGUUCAAUGAUCACAGCAGAACCUGUGCCAAGUCAAAGAGCGCCUGUCCAUUCAGUGAAGUGGGCUGCAAAUCUGUGAUAGAGAACGGGAAGCUCAGUGACCAUGAGCACAGCAGCACCAUGGAGCACUUGCGUCUGCUGCUGCCCAUGGUGAUGUCAGUGGCUCGGGCACGUACAGAGGCUCCUGGUCCCGGGGAGUGGCAGGAGGACUCUGGUCUGAGCCUGUACAGGGCUCCUGAGGAGGGAGACGUUAUGGGCGCUGGAGCUGCAGCCUCCGCACAGUCUGUGGAUCUGGAAAAAAAGGUGAACGCUUUAGAAAACAUCGUGUGUGUCCUGAAUCGGGAAGUGGAGCGCAGUUCAGUAACAUUGGAGGCUUUCUCACAUCAACAUCGUUUAGACCAAGAAAAGAUUGAAAAUCUGUCCAACAAAGUACGACAGCUAGAGAGAACGCUGACUAUGAGAGACUUGCAGCUGUCUGAGACCGAACAGCUGCUGCAAGAACUCCAGUUCUGCACUUACGAUGGAAUAUUUGUCUGGAAGAUUACUGAAUUCUCUCGCCGCAGACAGGAUGCUGUGGCUGGUCGAACACCUGCAAUGUUCUCACCUGCAUUUUACUCCAGCAAAUAUGGCUACAAAAUGUGUCUGAGGCUGUAUUUGAACGGUGAUGGAACCGGUCGAGGAACACACCUUUCACUGUUCUUUGUUGUCAUGAGGGGCAAGUAUGACGCUCUGCUCAAAUGGCCAUUCAGUCAGAAGGUGACUCUAAUGCUUUUGGAUCAGAACAACAGGGAGCACAUUAUCGAUGCUUUCCGCCCUGAUGUCACCUCCACCUCCUUCCAACGGCCAAUCAGUGAGAUGAACAUCGCCAGUGGCUGCCCGCUGUUCUGUCCACUGGCUAAACUGGCUGGCAAGAGCCCCUAUCUGAGAGAUGACACAAUCUUCAUUAAAGCCAUUGUAGACCUCACCGGCUUAUAAAGUGCACUGUGGAAGAUGCACAUAACAAAAAAUAAAAAUUAAACAAUGAAAUUAAACUAAAUGAUUAAUAAUUAUAAUAUAUAU